GCAGGUAGUUGGCGGUGCAUACUAGUGUACGCCUCUGAUUAUUCCAUAAACUAUUUAAUUGAGAUGAUAAAUUAAAGACUGAAAAGUGACCACGCUUACGCAGAGCAUUAGCGGUUUAUGAGUUUUCAAAAGUCAGAAUCCAAAUACCAAAAACGGAAAACGGAAAACCGAAACCCAAAAACCGAAAACCAAAAACAGCAAGUGGGGACCAGAAUGCCAAGACCUAGAACCCAGAAUUUGAAUUUGAUAAAGAUAACUUACAACAGUAAGUUGAGAAUUAACAGCGAAAGGAUUGUACACUGCAAUCUAGAGAAGAAAAAUUGCAGUGUAGUAACAAUCUUCUGAAUAUCAAAAUCCAAUCAUGGGAAACCAGAAACCAGAAACCGAAAACCAAAAAUGGAAAACCAAAAACGGAAAGCCAAAAACCAGAAACCGAAGACCAGAAACCAAAAACCAAAAACCAAAAACCAAAAACGGAACCCAGAACUCAAAAACCAGAAACCAAAAGUCAAAACCCAAAUACAGAAUACAAGGGAUAAAUAUAAAGAUAACUAUAUUUAAGAAACAGACAACGCGAUUUACGCGAAUAAAGCUAUUCACCUAGUAAGUAGCCUUCUACCCAGAAGUGCAAACACAGCUCGAAGCAAGUCGAAACGAUUUACACUCCUUGCUGAGAUCUACGAUGCGCGGUCAUGCUUACUUACUUCAGGGUAUUGGAGGUGCGUUUCGAAAUAGCGAGGGCGCUCAACCUCUACCUGUCCGGGGUUGUUUCUGCACUUGCGUCUUGCUGUUACGAUUGCUGCGAUGUUGGUAGGAACUGGAGCCACUGUCGUGUUGUCUGACUUGUCGCUUGUUGUAUUUCUGAAGAUUUGCCUAACUCUGUUAAGCUUUGUGUUCGAAAUCACAUUCAAAUCCACUGACUGGACUGUCCGCUCAUGUUGUCCGGUUUAAUCUCUGUUGUGGUCCCAUCGGGGUGGCUUGAGUUCAAUUUGUACUUGCUGU